AUGCAUAAUACUUUUAAAAGUGCUCGCAGAGUUAGCGCGUGGAGAGGUUAAAUUUCUGCCCACAGAUAACAACAGCUUAGUAAAGAGCUGACUACCCAGAAUAUAAGCAGAAUAUAAGUUAGUGCGUGGAAAGGUUUUAAAAUAUUCUGCCCACUCCUCCUCGUUGCACUCCUUUGUCAGCUUAAUAUGAAAUAAUUUAUCAGAAUUAAAUGUCUCCGCUCAUUAAUCCAGGCUUCUUUUGUUACAUGAGCAGGAAAUGAUCCUUGUAUCGAUGGAAAUUACAAAGAUCUAAACAAUGGCGAUCGGAAAGUGAGUUAUAUCUCGUCCAGUGAUGACAAAUGUGACAAAAAUGACCUAGCCAAUGAGUGGGAUUACUGGUACAAAGUGUCAGGAAACGCCGGCAACGCGUUAGCAGCUGUAACAGUCCCGGAUGAAUACGCCUGUGGGACAGAGACGCAACUUUAUCUCCAAGGAAAUCAUCCUAACCCACGCGAGGGCAAGGUCACGAGAACAAUUUGCUCCCGUACAAAAAAUCAUGCUUGCCAAAAUGUUGCUUCCAUUGAGGUUAUAAACUGUGGUGCUUUUUACAUGUACAAGCUUGUUGAAUUUAAAAAUACCUGUAAUCCAAAUGGAUGGCGAUACUGUACCAACGGGGUGGAAGGUGAGUAAUCCUUUAAAAUGUUGAUUAUACUGUUAUUUAUUAAGAGAUAAUAAGAAUAAUCCUAUCACAACAAGAUAAAUUUCAGGAACGUGACCCCGAGUAUGAUAUGAGGAAUAAUGCAAAUCUGGUCCGCCAAAGUGUUAUGCUCUGAAUUUGAAGACUAAGCUAGAAUCUGACAUUCGAGUUCUUCAUAUCAUAAGUAAUCCGAAAAACCAACAGAAAAAGCGUUUUCGAUCGACAUAGUGCAUUACGGUUUGGGGUUCGUCGAGGCCUUAUACGUGCCUGGUAGAGAAACAACAACAACAACAAAACUGGAAGUCUACUUUGGCAGUCACGUUUGGAAAAGACAGCUAGUUUAGUAGAUUACACAAUGACGCAUCAUAAAUCCCUAAGUUAACGUCUUUUUUUAACACAUAGCCUCCUGUGGACGUCGUUACCAUUUAGCUCCUGAUCUCGGGGCAGUCAAGUUCAUAAGGGAACGCCAAAAAACCUGUGGUCUCAUUAUUUAACCUAUUUGUAAACGUAUGUCUUUUUCAGAGGAAAAAUGUGCCAAUGUCUAUUGCCCUAACGGUCAGACAUGUUACCUAACUGAGAAUGGCAACAGUUAUGAAUGUGGGGAUCUGAAUGGUAUGGAAAAUGAAACAUUUUCGUUAGCUCAUAUUACCUUACUUGCUCACUCACAACGAGGUCAAUUAUCUUUGUGUGUUUUUUUUUUUGCUUCAUCAGCUGAUCCUUGCUCGUCUACCCCAUGUCUUAAUGGUGGUACUUGUUCAAGUGGAUCAGGUACCUUUACAUGCUCCUGCCCGACGGGAUUUACUGGAGAACGAUGUGGUACAAGCCCUUCACUCUCACCAUCACUCUCAUCACCAUCACCAUCACCAUCAACUUCACCGUCACCUUUACCUUCCCCAUCACCAUCACGGUCAUCACCAUCAUCAUCCUUAUCAUCAUCAUCAUCACCACCAUCACGAUCAUCACCACCAUCACAAUCAACUUCGCCUUCACCUUCACCAUCGCCAUCAUCAUUACAAUCAUCACCACCAACAUCACCUCCUCUAUCACCAUCACCUUCACCAACACCAUCACCAUCAUCAUCUGCAUCAUCAUCUCCUCCAUCAUCACCAUCAUCAUCACAACCAUCAUCACCAACAUCGCCUCCUCCAGCACCAUUAUCAUCCCCUCCACCAUCAUUAUCAUCAUCACAAACAUCCUCACCAACAUCGCCUCCUCCAUCACCAUUAUCAUCACCUCCACCAUUACAAUCACUAUCACCAUCAUCAUCAUGGCCAUCAUUAACGUUACCAUUAUCACCAUUAUCCUCACCAUCAAAUACAUCUACAUCUUCAUCAUUAUUAUCAACGUUAUUAACAUGCACACAAUACCCAUUGUCAUCUUCACCUUUAUCAUCACCAAUACUGUCAUCUUCGUCUGUGGUUUUUUCAAGCAGUUCUCAAGGUAACAUCAAUAACUUGGUUCACUUUCAAAGAUCAUAUUCAAGCGUGUUUUUUUUCUGAUUUAUCUUGCAAUCCAAUUUUUUUUUCUAGACACGAUUUACCAGACCUUUUCUAGUACUCCUUUAGAUAAACGGUUCUUAGACGACCGAAGUUUGAAUUCAUAAUAGACUUGAAAUUAAGAACGAUUCUUUACAUUAUUGUGAAUUUUAACUCUAAUCUGUUUGGAUAUCCGCUGCCCUGAUUUCAGCAUUAAUUAAUGGCUGCUAGACAUAUUAAAUUCUACAAGCAGAAUAUUGCGAUGCUGCAAGACAUCAACACGACACCGAAAGAACUCAAAACAGAGCGGGAUUGUAGCCAUAGACAGCUGUUUGGCCCUUUGUGGGACUCGUCAGUAUGGCGCAAAAACCAGAAAAAGUCCUGAUGAAAAAUAUCCGCACACUCUGAUUUUAAGCCCUUACCCAGAACUCUCAACACCCACAGAAUCACGCCAAACCAAGUGUCUUCUGGGGGGCAAGAGUCCAAGUGUCAAGUUGAUGUCUCGCAGAAAAAAAUAAAGGAUUGGCCAAAACCAACCUCUAAAACAUGGAAAGAACCAUGCAAUAGCUGGUAGUUAAUCCGAUAUAACCAGCAUAGCAUUCGCGUAAUUAUCAAUUAGAAGGGAACUGGGCUCAAACUCAGCCAGAAUAAAGGUAUAUGAGCCUAUGUUAUGAAAUCGUUGGUUUACGAUCAAAUGGAUAAUAUUUUUUUUAACGAAUUUUUUUCUUCCCGAGGCCUAAAAUGGUGCAAAAAUCAUGCGAAAUUAUAGCGACUGUCAUGUUCAGUGGGUCGUAUAUUUUAAAAUAUUGUUGGAUAGUAAAAUAUAAUGACACUUUCUUAUUUUUACUAUCUUUCCCGUAUAAUUUUAACUGAUUAGUUUACGAUUUGGUCCACAAUAGAUAUUUUAAGAAAUUUUCAAAGUUGUUGACUCAAAUUCGCUUAAUCAAAGGACGAAAUAUAUUUAGCACUAAAAAAGAGUUCAUCCUAAAAAAAUAUAUCUUUCAAAGUUUUUUGUCGUAAGUCGAACAAACGGAAUUGAAGAUCUACACUAGAAAAAGUCCAUUGGCUGCCUCUUGGUGAAGUUCCACCACCUUGAUAAUCUUUCGCCAAGACAAACGCAAGCUGCAUGUCUUAGAUUCCCCGUCACCCUUGCAGAGUCUACUUAGUACCACCACCAAAGAGUGGACGGGUGGACGGGCAUAUGGUCACGUGACUACCAAAUUUGCUCGGAUGGAUAGAUAAGCAAAUUCUCUUAGCUAUGAGUCUCCGCUACUAAUUGGACAGUGUAAUAAGACAGUGCUCUUCAUGCCCAAGAAAUUGGACAGUGCGUGCCAUCACGCGCUCGUGUGCACUUGAAAGUUUUUGUUUUCGCUACAAGCAAAACUGGCGGUUUAAUUUUUCAAAAAAAAAAAGUUUGUUAUUGUUAUGGUUAAUCGGUAACUGAAAAUCGUGCCGUGAUUAAGCAAUUCGGACUCCCCUGUACUUUGUUAAUUCAGUUUCACAUCAUAGGGUAAGGUUGCUGAGUGAAAUCGCACUCUCGCUAUUUCUGUAGAAUAUUUUUUACCUAUGAAAUAGUCAGCAAACCCUAAUUGGCGAGGUCUGUCAAAUAUAAUUGAGAAAACCAGAAAAAUUAUCUGCUUUCAUUAAUUAUUGUAAUUACUAAACAAACCAAACAAACCUUCCGCUAUUGUUCGACCAAUAUGUCCGACCACGUUAACAAGUUAGUCCGACUUAGUUCAAUGGCCAGCUGACUGUCAUUUGAAGCUCUGAUGUUUCGUUUUACUCCCAUUAACCUUGAAUGUUUGUCAAAGAUGUUUAACUUCCCUUUUCAAAUAAGGAAACAAGAAAAACGAUGUUAUCUUUCGGUUUGAUGCUUUCUUCAUUUUCACGACGUUAUUCUGCUUACACACAGCAACGCAAGCAUCUUGCUUCAACAAUGCCAUUGGUGUUGCCAAUAAUUUUGUCGUUUCUGCAAACAAGAUGACUGCUUCUACAAAGCAAACGGGAUACGCAGCUUUACGUGGCCGACUUAAUGGCAACAGAGCCUGGUGCGCUCAAAGCCCUAGCGGUACCCAGGACUGGCUGAGGGUUGAACUUGAAAUGACAACUGAAAUAUGUGGUGUUGCGACUCAAGGGAGAGAGGAUACUGAUGAAUACGUAAUAUCUUUCAAAUUGGAGUACUCUUUGGAUGGCGGUGGCUGGACGGCUUGUCAGGAUUCAAAUGGCUAUGAUAAGGUUAACUUACUUUUUAGCUUAGAGGGUAGUUGUAGCUUCGGUCGAGGGGGUAGCGGUGUACGGUGUGUAUAUUUUGGCAUGGUUUCUGCCAACCAGUACAACAGAUUAUAACCCUGCAUUCAAGAUGACAACACGUUCAAAGAAGAGGACAAACAUUAUUUUCUACAUGAUUUUCGAUACUUAUUCCGCUGGUCGACUUUCCGAUGAGGCUUUCCUGAUUCGACUCGACAAUAUGUAAUUCGAUAACAGUAUUUAUUCGAUUAAGCACCCAGGACGCUAAUUGAAUAUUUGACCUCGAUGGUGGUGGCUGAGUAAUUAGUAUUAAAUUUUCACCAUUUUCAACGAGAAGUUGUAAAUUCAUCUUGGAAAAAAAAUGAAAUAAUAAUAAUAAAAUAAUUAAAAAAAAAAAUUAACCCUCGGACGUACCGAGGGGGGGGGGGGGAGAGGGGGUGCAGAGAGGCUGCCACCCAUCUGAUUUUUUUUCAUAGGCGAUAAAACAUCAGCACCUGAAGUUUUAUGUAGCUGUUCGAUUAUCACUCGCGAGCAUUUUGAGACAAGUUAACUGAUGGUCAGUUACUAAUAUGACGUCAUAAGUAGCAGGUGGCCAAGCCAUUUUUGAGUGAAAAUGCAUGUUUUUUCAACUUCUUUCAGGAAUAGAAGUAAAGCUUGAGGAUAAGAUGAUGCAAAGUAAUUAUUUGUGUUAUUGUACAUGUUAAGCGCAAAAAAUUAUCUAACUCUUGAUAAAAUCCAACAUGGCGACCAUUUUGGUGACGUCACAGACAUCCAGCAGCGCCACCACCAAUAAAUUAUACCACAUCUUGUAGAGAACACUGAAAGCAAAAUCGUUUCGAAAUAUUGCAACAUUUUAAAAACCCAAGGGAAGGGGGGAGGGGGGUUAGGAGUUGUUGAAGGGUCCAUCAAUUCCCCCUUGUACCACGGUCGGGUAUGACUUGGAGUGUACGUCCGAGGGUUAAUAAUAAUAACGGGCGUCAGUAAAACGCAGGGUCGGGGUCGGGGCCGAGGCCGGGGUCUACAUUUUUUUAAAAGAAUGCUGUUUUAGGGUUAGGAUUGGGGUUGACACUAACCCUAACCCUGAAGCCUUACCCCGACUCCGCGUUUUACUGACAUCCAAUAAUAACAAAACGAGAAGAUGAACCCAAACCGAAAUUUGAACUGUUCACUGAAGGUUUCCUCAAAAUGCCAAAAAAAAAAAACUUUUUCUUUAGGGCAUGAGUAGUAUUUAGUCAAUUUAAACCUCAGAAAAUUAAUUUAGAGAUUUUAAGCCAGCAAAGAAAUAAUAAUCAAUACUACUGUUCUGCACUCCAGGUUUUCUUUUAUUACUUUUUUUUUUCGUCGUUGGGUGGUGGAAGGGUGGACGUGGUGGUGUGAAAAGAGUGGAUUAAUAUUGCCAUUGAACAGUGAUUGGAAAUCCCUUACUUUUUAUAGUGUUCAUUCCCGCGGUUAUAAAUAUAGUUUUACUACUAAGCUCUUCAAUUACCCAGUUAUUCAUACGCUUAUAUAGCUUCUUGUACGCCCCCUUGUCAAUCUUCUCCGUUUUUUUUUCUUCGAAUAGUUACUUAGCAUUUGUUCCUUUCAAAUGUGACGUAAUAAAUGAACAAAUAAAGAGCGACAGAAGGGUUCUAAUCUUAAGCAUUUUUCUAAAGUGUUAUUUAAAAAGAAUUUCCUACCGAUAAUUUAUUGUAAUUUGUCUUGAAAGGUGUUCACUAGGACUGGAAACAGCAGCAUCACUGACUACCAUAAGUUACCUCUACCAGUGUCUGCAAAAUUCAUUAAAUUUCUCCCAAUAAGUCAGCAUAGCUGGAACUGUUUAAGAGUGGAGAUAUACAGCACUAACAGCACUACCGGUAAGAAUACUUAACAACUAGUAUAAAAUUAUACAAAUUAAGCGUCCUUGGUGUUUUAAGCAAUCUCACUGUUUAAUAAUUAUUUGAAAUCGAGGUGAACAGAGGGAGAAUAUUUAAAGAGCUGGGAAGUGGAGAGGUAAUACUUUUGAACUAAAAAGGCCACUCUUCACCGAGCCUGAAAAAAAAAAAUGAUCUCCACGGAAUCAGAAAGAAAACCAUUAAAAACGACCACUUUGAUCCACCGUUCAAUUCAAGCGUGAAAAAUUAAAUGUGCUUGUAGCGUUAAACAUUACAUGCGCAAGACCAUCGCAAAUCAUAUAGUUUUUUAAAUCUUUUUUGUCAGCUGACUAUAGCGUUAACGGUUAAAAAGGAAUAAAUCAAUGUUUUGGAUGCUAUCUCAUCUGCGAAAAGACGUAGAGCCCUUACGUUUCUUCUGUCAAUUCAAUAGUUCAGAUGAAAGGCUUCGCGUGUCGCUCCGCGCUUGAAGUGCUGACAAUAGCGGCUGCGUUUAAGGUUAGCUUGUUGUUACUUGUUUACUCGAUGACAUGUAGAACGUUCGAAAACAUUUGCCUUCACUUUUUUUUUUAUUAAUUAAUGUAAAUUUUUGGUGAAAUUCGUCUUCUUGCUACUACGUUUACCCGUACAUGGAAGUAGAUUGUGGACACAGAUUACUAGAACCAGCAUCAGAUCGGACCAUCUUACAUAGAAAUUAUCCCAGAUGUAAGAAAACAGUAUCUAUCAAACUUCAGAAACUCCAAAAUCGCGCGACACGUAUUCUAUGACGGUGAAAGCGCAAGUCAUGACACCAAUUCCGACUCUCUUAUCGAUAAACUUGUCUGGAGAAAACUUGACACGCAAAGACAGAGUAAAAAAGCUACAAUGAUGUAUAAAUCACUCAAUGGACUAGCUCUUCGUUCUAAAUUUACCGAUCGUAGAAGUGUCACCACUUACUCUUUGAGAGACAUUAACGGCAAACUCGCUAUGCCUCUUCCCUGAACAAUUUAAAAACUUUAUGAAAAAUAGUUUCAGUUCCUGAGAUCUGGGUACGAGAUAAACUCUGGAGCUGUUCUUUGGAAUAGCCUUUCUAUUGAACUGCGGCAGGCCCUUCAAGGCUGGCUGCAAACAAUUCUUUUAAAGAUCUAUAUGCAUGGUACUUAUGUAAAGCAGGCUGUAAGUUUAAUUGGCUUUUUUAAAUACAAUGAAACAUCUAUUAUGCGGACUCCUUCGGGACUUUCCCAAGUGUCCUUUUAAUAGAGGGUGUCCGCGUCAUAGAGGUUUGUAAAAAUUGCGCAAUGUUUGUUAACGAUUAACAUUAAACGGUUACUCUGUACUGUGUACUGUUUCAUGUUGUUAAGGGAGGAUUUGAUUGUGAAUAGCAGUGCUGUACUUUGUGCAAGACUUUUCGAUGAACUUCAGUGAUCGCGGAUGACAAUCAUACGGCCGGAUAUCGGUUUAAUGUACAGUUUAUGGACAGCUAAAUAUAUUGAUUUAUCUUUAAUAUAUAGAUUUAGCCAGGGCUAAAACCGAAGCUCCAAUUAAUAGAUUUAUAAUUUAAAUCAAACAAUAACCUUGUAAUCCACAAAUCAGUUAACUUAAGAGCACAUUCAUGUGACUUUUGAGGGAAAGGCUGAGUUAUUUUAUAGUGAAGCAUCUUACAUCGAGUUGAUAACCUUAUAUGCACACCCCAAAAAUGGCAAACAUCUUCGAUCACUUUCAAGAUCACAGUAGAUUAGGCCUCGAAAACAAAUCCUUGGAAAACAAAUCAGGCCGAAUUUUUUUGCUUUCGACAGGUGUACUUUGCAAAUCUUGCCAACAAAUCUGGGGAUGUGUAAACCAACCUUUUUCUAUUUUUUAUACGUCACAUCUGAGGUGAAACAGUACUAUUUAUCAUACAGACCUCGGACAGAAUGCAGUAUUUCACACUUUCUUAAGACAAAUUGCACUCAGUGAAUGUUUAGGACGAUCAAUCGUGGGCUUUUAGCGAAACUGUUCAAAAAAUUUCCAAAAUCAGCCGUACGGCCAGCCGGUUGUCAUUUCUAUUGUGCGAGCUGUCAGUGUGGGGUCGAGUGUUUGCCAUAAACCUUAAUAGAGUUACGCUUCAACAUAAUGAAUUUAUUAUUAUUAUUUUUUGUUAUUUAAUGGUUUCAGUUAUAACGAUGUGUAAUCUUAUAAAGCGUUUGAUACGCGCGACAUUUUUAAGUACUCCUACAAGCGAUGCUCAUGAACGAUGAAAACAAACGGCACGCCAAGCGAUUAAAAUUGCAAGAGAGACUACUAACGAUCAAUAAAAGAAAUAUAAUUCGGUGAAACAUUUACAGAGACAACAAUUUUCAUUCACGAAGACAAGUUAAAGUGUCUUUAAAGAUCCUGAGUCUUUAAGCGUAAGGCCAGUUUUAGCGGGCUUCCCGGCGCGGUGUUUACUGUUUUCAAAGAUGAACUCCUCGAAGCAAGAAAAUCCCUCAAAGUUUUCUUUCUACAGCCAAAUUUAAAAAAAAUAUAUUCUUUGAAACCUUUUCUUUCUAUCUGCGGUGAGAAAAUAUAUCUGAGGGCUUUUUAAAGUUCUGUAAGCUUAUAUCAAACCUGGUACUAGGCCAGAUCAUCGGUUCAAAUCCUACAAACGUGCAUAAACUUGCCGCAUAAACUGUGCUCGACUUCAUGAAAUUAGAUAUAACAAAAACAAACGUCAAAUACAAUAAUUACUAACGCUUACGAAUCGAGAUUCAGUUCCUGAAAGCUAUCAAGGAAGGCCACAGUUGCUUGAGACUUUUAAACCUUCUUACGCAUUAAGCAAAGUGAACAACGAAAACGAUACCAUCCGAAAUCGAAUUACCGAAUUUUGACAAGCGACGCAUUUCUCAACCAAAAACCCAGUAAACAAACCAGCCAUGAAUAACAGAAGACUCUUGAUAGCAGCUGUAUUUCAUUUUGUACAUCCAGAGAAAAAGGCAGUUAAAAAUAUCACAAGUUGACACAAAACUCUGUCAGCUUCAGCUGUCAAAGUAAACAACUUUCAAGAAGCUGCAUGAAUUUCCGCAUGAACUCACCUGUCAAAUUUUGACUGAUCAGAGCAUAAAAAAUGGGCGUAGAGCGUCACCAACGCGAGACCAUGGUAAGAAAAGGUCUUCCUCGCCUGUAUAUUAAAAAAAACUGGCUGAAAUUUCGCGUUCAAGGUCAGUUUAAAAUCAAAAUCCUAAUAGUGCGCGGCCAUAGUGACAUAAACACAACAUAUUUGAUAUGAAUCAUUGGAAAAAAUAAACUUGAGCCUGUGAUCAUUUGAAACUGGUAAUUUGUCAGCGGAUAACUUCAAAAAAUACUCGACUUCGAUGGGUCGACACUUGAGCUCGCGGUACAGUCAGGUGAUUCUGGUCAGCGGAUACCCUGUUUUGGUAGCUGUCAAUUGAUCGCAACAUUGAUGUGCAAUUAGUUCUCUCUUGGGAUCCCAAACUAGCUAGAAAGUGUGAGAGUAAACAUUGGUUUCCCCGUGGUGCGGACGGACGCUCGGUCGCUCGGUGUACGGUCACGUGAUUACCAAAUUUCUGAGAUAGGUAGAUUUACUUAGCUAUGGGGCUCCGCCCACGCGCCGCGCGUGGAGCUCAGCUAUUAAUCGACUACAGUACGUAUUUCAAGGACGUAACUCAAUACUACUAUUGUCAACUCAGUCCGUUGUCCACUACUAGCCACCGACACUGAGGUGAAUAAUUGUGUUAGUAUAUAAAGAAAACAGUGAGAUAAUUGAGCACAAAAAUGAUAAUUUUUAACUCAUUUACUGUUGCCAACGAUUACAAUUUUGGCGCACAAUGACCGAACGGCCGCGGUCGUCCCUUUUUCUUGCCGACAAAUAAAUCUUUUGAAGGCAUUUGUCUAGCUUUUGUGGGGAAAUUUCUUCAAAAGGAGUUGUGAAUUCUUUUUGUAUUUAAAAUCAUUCUGUAAAAAGAUUAUGAUAUUUAGUUCUAAGUUUAUUUAUAAACAAGUCAACUAAAUAAAGAAACGCAAGACUUAAGCUUAAUUUGCAUUUGUAAACAAAAAACUUUUUCACCAGUUUUAUCGAUGAAUUCAAGUAAAAAAGACAAAGCUUUACCCAUUAAAACUUCAAAACCGAACUUCGUCACCUUCUUCGAGUAUUUCGGGAACAGCUUGCUUGAUUAGUUGUGAAAUUUCUUUGUUUGUUACGGCAGGAAACCGGGAAGGCAUUUUGCUCGCAACUUAAGCGAGUUUCGGGUCGCUCGCUCGGAGGAACUGGAGGUGAAUCAGUGAAUAGUGCAGGAUAUUCACUGAUUGAAUAGCCAAUCGGAGCGCGCGAAAAACACUAUCCAAUUAGUAUAUACUAAAUAAAGUUAUUCAAUUCCAUUCAGACCAGCAUAUUUUUAGACAAUAAUUUGAUAGCUGAUUUGAUGAUUUUGUGUUCAACUUAAAGUAUUUUCUUCUUUUACCAAACAUAGCUGUACAGCCUAUGUCAACUGCUUUACAAGGUUCAUCAUCAACGAUUGAGCCAGCGCAAUUACUUCAAUCAACAGCCUAUCGAACAACUUUAUCCUAUCUUACGGUACUAACUCCAACUUCAAUGUCACUAUCAAAAUCUCAACUUCAACCCGAAACUACUCCUCUUAUGGUCAGGCCUUCAGUUUCAAAUUUAUCAUCAUAUCAUCAAAACACACCGUCCUCACUUUCGGUUCAGAUGUUAUCACUGACACUAUCGUCACAAGAUCAGAAUUCUACAUUACGUCUUCCGAGUCAGCUAUUCCAGACAUCUCACACCUCAACUCCAUCCCUAACAAAAUUGCAACCCACAUUAUCUCCCCGGCAUCCAUUAAAACUGUCAGAACCGUCACCGUCAUUACCUGCUUCACUAGUUCAACAGACCUCAUCAGUUGCUCCACCAGGUAACUCCCAAUCAAAACUGUGA